UGUCAACACAUUGCCAUGCCUAGUUAUGUAUCCCUUGAAUGGAUGUCUGGUGCCUGUGAUGUUCAGUGUUUUGAAAGUGACAUGGUCUGAUUUUGGUUUCUGGCUGGGGCUGCACCCUUGAGCCCAACUAUUCCACUGGCUGUUUCAGGGAGGGAAACGACAGAGUAGCCUCUUGGUUUGGAGGAGACAGUAAUAUCCUGUUGGCUGUUUUUAGGCAUCUGUAGCUCAUGGUAGUUUUAUAUAGAGAUGAUGUCAUCAUGCUCAGUGAGAGGGCUGGAAGUGCGUAUUAUAUUCUAAGCCCAGAUAUCCCAGCUGGAGCUUUUCUUUUUCCAAUCUGACCCAUAAGGCUGAUGGAUUAGCUGUUCUACUGCAUUGGAAUGAGAAUAUAGUUCACAAGGUAGAGCUGAAUAGGCCCUCUGCGGUUUGUCACAAGACACUUAUUGUUUGUGUUCUUAAUACAGCGCAACAGUCUCUUUAAAUGUAUGUACUGGCAACACAGUUCUGGUUAUUUAUUGUAUUUUGCAAGAACUUUUACAAAUGUAUAUUAUUAAGGCAAAAGUCUUGCAAGAGGUCAGUCAUGAUCAUUUAACCCCUUAAUGCUAUGUUUUCAUAAAGAUUCCUGACACCACAAGUUUUGCAUACUGUGCAGACUUACAAGCCCGAGCUUCACUUUACUUUACCUUUGUUAAACACUACCACUGCAUUUAUGAGGGGUGUCCAGGUGUCCCAAAUGCAGUUACCAGUCUGUACUUCUUGUAAGAAAUGCAAUGAGACUGACUUGCACCAAAAAUGAGUCUAAAGUAAGCAUCCACCUUCCUUCAGAGCGUUGUUUAAACAUGUCCUGAGCAUGUGUUGGAAAUAGGGGAUUACUUUAAAAAGUACCCUGAGGGAGAACAUGCAAAACCCUGCAGUUUCCAAUUUCAUAUUCAUCUCCUUGUUACAUGUUUAUGACAACAAGGUACUAGGAAGUGGGUUUAAAUAGGACAGCGGUGGCACAUCUCACUGCAAUAUGAAACUACUCUAUAAAUACAUGUAACCUUUCUGCAUGUGCACACUAAUAGAACAUUAGGGAAAAGUAGCUUAACUCUAUUCUAACAUUACAGUCUUGCCUUGUCUGGGCUUGACAGUUGUGCUUUGAAGGAUAGGGUUGGUUUGACACAGGUGAAAAAUCUAAAGCAUUGAAAUGCAGUGGGACAGAAUUAGAAUGAGUGUGAUGUGUGCUGCAGCUCACUGGGCAAGGCAUGGAAAUGCUGUGUAUUGGUGUUUCUGUUUGUGCUGGUGAAUAUAAGAGGUGUGCAGCUCCAGGAGUAGUCCAUCCUUCCAGCCUAUCCGCAGCCAGGUCCCCAUCCCCACUGCCCAUGUCAUGCCCUCCACAGCAGGAACCCCGGUCACCAAGCCCCAGGCGCGGGCCACUGAUGAUGGGCAGGCUUACUCCACUCGCUCCAGCUCCUCCAGUUCCAAAUCCUCGCUAUCCAAGUCCGCUUCCUCUCCAAACCUGGAGGCACAAGGCGGGCCAGUGGUGGAAGGAGGCGCAGCCCAACAGGACUGUCUCAGCCGCUACCGCAGUCUCGUCAAUGGCUUAGAUCACUCCCUCUUCCCCGGUGCGGAUCAGACUCGGUUGGAUGACGGGCACCGGUUCGAGAUGCCCACUGUAGAGCCCACGUUGAACCAGUCUGCCCUGCUGGGAGGCUUCAGCCCGGAUGUCCGGAUGCAGCUGCACAUGACUGGCCUCGGGGAAGCGGCUGAAUGCCGGACUGAUCCAUACACUGCGACCCUAGGACAGAUGUACAAGGUGCUGCCUGAAGCCAGGGUGGGGCUCUCAUGCUCCUCGGACUGCUAUGGGAAAAGGGGUGUUCACCCAGGGCCUGGGGCUUCUGCCAGGGCCGGGUUGGGCCUGGAGCAGCUGGUCCUAGGGAGCUGUGAUCCCCCUCUGCAGGGACGGGGUGGUGAGCUGGCCAGCUGGCAGCAGCACAACCAGAAGGUGGAGAACCUCCGGUUGCAGCUGGAGCAGAUACAGCUGGUGGCAGGUGGGAGAGGGCAUUACCACCCCUCCCUGUACCCGCCCCCACUACAGGCAGAGAGCAGUCAGUGGGAGGCGGCGGUGAAAGCCAGUGAAGGCCUCCUGAAGGAGAAGGAGCUCAUCAUUGAGAGACAGAAACAGCAGCUCUGUCAGAUGGAGCAACGUCUGCGAGAGAGUGAGCUACAGAUACACGGAGCCCUCAUGGGUCGUGGAGCCCCCCUCACUGAUGUCUGCCUCUUAAGGCUCCAGGAGGCACAGCGGGAGAAUGCCUUCCUGCGCACCCAGUUUGCAGAGUGUAGCGACUCCUUCGCCCAGGAGAAGGUGGAGGCGGAGCGGCGUCUGGGAGCUGUGGAGGCGGAGACGCGGCGUCUGAGCGAUGCUCUCAAGGAGAGUGUGGAGAAGCAUGCAGAGGAGCUGAAGAAACAGGAGGAGAGGAUCCGCAACCGAGACAAGCACAUCAGUAACCUGAAGAAGAAGUGCCAGAAGGAGGCGGAGCAGAGCCGUGAGAAGCAGCAGCGCAUCGAGACCCUGGAGCGUUACCUGGCCGACCUGCCCACCAUGGAAGACCACCGGAGUCAGAGGAAACAGCUGGAGGCCGCGGAGCAGAAGGUGGAGGAGCUGCAGCACACAGUGGCAGAGCUGGAGGCUUGCCUGGAGGAGGCACGGUCAGCCACUCGCGCCAAAGAUAGCCAGCUAGAAGAGCAGAGACGCAGGGAGAGGGAGCUGCUCACCACGGUUACCAGUCUCCAGACGAGAGUACAGGAGGGGCUUGAAGACGGCGCUCGGUUACCCUCUCUGGACACGGAGAAGCUCCGAGAGGAGAACACGGCUUUAAAGGGUGAACAACAGAGGCUCAAAAAGGUUAUUGAGAAACAAUUAAGGAUGAUGGAACAUCUUGGCUCUCAGAUCAGGAGCGUGCAGCAGCACCUGGGUGAGGAGGAGAGCAGUAGCCAGGCUCUCAGAGAGGAGCUGGACUCCAAACAGCAGGAGCUGCACCAGCUACGCACUGCGAUGAAGGAGCUCUCGACACAGAACCAGGACCUGAUGGAGCAGAGUGUGAGUCUGCGGGAGCGUCUGCAGGCAGUGGAGGGGCCGGUGGGCUCGGAAAUGGCCUCCACGCUGCAGCCGAGUGUGGGCUGCCUCACCCAGCAGCUCCACAGGGAGAUGGCAGCUUGCCUGAGAGACCUGCGCUCGCUCUGCAGCGUCCUGACCCAGAGAGCACAGGGCCACGACCCCAACCUCUCUCUUUUGCUAGGGAUCAGCUCAGCUCCUACAGUGUCGGAGGUGUGUGAGGACUGGUGCAGUUCUGCAGUUUUGCAGAGGAAACUGCAGGAGGCACUACAGCUCCGCCAUGAUGUAGAGGAACUACGGACCACCGUCUCCAACCGCUACGCCCAGGACAUGGGUGACAACUGCACCACCCAAUGACCCAGCACCAUUACAGAUGGACCUAAACGUUCUAUGGCCCCACAGCCAAGACUCAGGUGCCUUCAUUCGGAAACGCUGUAUACCAGAAUCGCUGGCAGGAAUGAACAGAGCACGCUCCUGCUUCUCCUGUUCUAAAGGGCUAACUACACUAAUGCUAAUGACACUACAGUGGCCUAUUUUUAUACUAAGGACAUAUAUAAAGCUAUUUUUCUAAAUCCUCUGGCCAUUUUAAACAUUUUUUUGCCUAGUAGAAACAGUGUUAUGUGAUGCUGUCAUUCUCAUGUAGAUGGGAAAGAAUAAUGUGGUUGAUAAUCAACUGACAAAUAGGGUUUUUUUUGGGUUUUUUUCUCCCCCUUUUCUUUUGGAGUUGUGGAAACAUGAGGACAGAGACCAACGUGCCAUUAUUUAAGAUGGCGGCAUGUGUAGCUUUGCAUUUGUCAGACAUAACGUCUUAUGUCUGCCACCUCAGAUUAGCAUGAGCAUGGGAUGAACACUACAUGUCUUCUCACCUGACUCACCUAUCCCACCUGUGCUAAGUGAAACAUGCUGUGCCUUUACUGACAAUCCAAAGUCCACAGAUUAUUAUAUACAUGAUAUGUGUACCUGUUAUUGCAGUUAGAGUGGCUUCAAUAAAGUCAUUUAUGAGGCAUCUUGACAGGCGAGAGAAUAGCGGUUGGUUUUUGAAAGCUUUCCAUCUUUGUCGAAACAUUCCAUCCCAUCUAACGCAUUUCAAGUUUCAAGCCCUUUUAUGUUGAUUUCUUGAUGCUACACAAACAAGCUAACUAAAGUAGAGGGACUUAAAGGAUAACGGUGCCCAUGACUCUGAGGAGGCAGUCUUCCUGCUGUAGUGUUGAUCUGUUGAAAGGCAGUAAGCUUUUUUUUUUUUUUUAAUUCAGUGCAUCAGAAACAAUGUCAUAUUACAUUUGACACAAUGAAGGACGCUCUGGAGCGUCUCAGUAUUGGUCAGUUUAUCACCAAAUGGCUGACACUUUUUUGAAUGCUAGUGAAUGCUAGCUGUGAACCUACAACUGCUGUUCUUAACAAUGGGUGAAAGCUAAUUAUGAUCAGUUUUGGCUGUCAUACCUGUUAGCAUUCAUUUACAUCAGCAAGGAAAGGUAUUCAUUUAUACUGGCAAUAGGUAGUUUGCCCUGCCCUGUGAAUAGGAUGGAUGGAUUUGGUUCAGUAUGCCAGACAAGUACGCAACUGCUAAACAAUGUAUAAACUAGUAACAUAAUCACAGUCACUCUUUCUAGUAGGGCUUUUACAUACCUGUGCAUUUGAACACCACCAUUAAUAAGUUCUGUCCCCCCCCCCCAAUAAAGUUUUCAUUAAUUUGUAAAUACAAAUACGUAUAUUCUGUGUACUAUGAUGUCACACCUUUCAUUUGAAAGCACAGCAGUAUUAAGAUGUUCCUUCUAUAAAUUGGAAGGGGAAGUACUGUGGAGAAUAGUGCUACAAGCAAGUGCCAGGUUCAAGAGAAAUAUUUCUGAAUUAACAUAAUAAGAAACUCUAGUACAGUUCUGGUUCUACUUUUAAUGUAACCAGCCAAGUAUGCCUAGUAUACCCUCAACCCUACAAACCCUGCAACACUACAAAUGUAUAUAUGAUGUUUUUGAGUUUAUAUUCCUUUUAGAAAUAAAGCCUUUUUUCUCUUGAA